UUUAUGUUGGUAUUUGUACUGUCAAUCAUUAAACGAAAUCAAAAUAAGCAUCAUAAAUGUAAGCCUACGUAAAGAAUAAUAACUUGUGACAUGAAUUAAGGCCUAUGAUUUAAUUUGUGUGUAACGUGUUUUUAGUGUUAGAGCAGAAACAUCACAAUUUGUAUAAAUGGAUGAUUCCGACUUGUUGCGUCUUGAGACGGGUACAACUGAAGAGGCGGUGGAAGCAACCCGAAGGUUUAUCACAAAAAACGGCCAGUCGUUCACGUUCCCGGAGCUGAGCCACGGGGACCGUCGCCGCGCCCUGUGGACGCUGCUGUUCGCUCGGCUGCGCAAGACGGAGGACGCAGAGUGUAGGAAGAACUGCCUGGCCUGCAUCAGGAUGCUGAGCCGGGAGAAGGCGGAGCUCAACGAGCUGGUGUGCCCUGAGUGGCUGGACUCCCUGCUGCGCCUGGCCGGCCUGGUGUCCCAGGAGGAGGCCCUCACGCAGAUCAACAAGUCGCCCACCCAGUACGAAGUGAUGGUGGAGGCGCAGAAGUCGCUGUGCAACCUAGUGUUCAACAGCAGCGUGGCGCAGGCUCUCUGCGCGCGGAACCACGCCGUGGAGGGCCUGGUGCUGCGGCUGCGAACCUACCGCGAGCCGGGCCUCCCCCACGAGGUCAAGUUCUUCGACAUGAAGCUGCUGUUCAUCCUGACGGCGCUGUGCCCCCGCGUGCGCCCCGCGCUGCGCGAGGAGUUCCACGGCCUCACGUACCUCAUGGAGACCCUGGACCUGGUGCUGAAGGAGGCCGCGGGCGACGGGGCUGCCUGCGCCGACGCCCACCCCGCCCUCUCCGACGAGCAGGUGGCGCUGGCCUGCGAGGUGCUCAAGGUGCUGUUCAACCUGACGGUGCGGGCGGGCAGCCGCUCGCCCCUGGACGAGGAGGAGGAGGCCCACUACCUGCGCCUGGUGUCCAUCCUGCACGACCUGCUGCUGUGCGAGGCGUCGUCCCGCGACCGCCUGCUGGAGCUGCACAACCACAUUGUGAACCUGCUGGUGACGAUCCCCGGGGACUGCUACGAGGAGCUGACCACGCCCGUGUCCCGGGGCCCGGCCCAGGGACACCCCGCCACGGAGUUCCUGGGACGCAACGUUGAGGCGGUGGUCCGGCUGCUCGACUUCCUCGACCACCGCCUGGACCUGGCCGAGCAGAACGCGAAGCUGCAGCACGAGACGCUGUCGCCGGUGCUGACGGUGCUGGCGGAGAGCGCGCGCAGCCAGCGCGUGCUGCGCAAGUUCCUGCGCGCGCGGGUGCUGCCGCCCCUCAGGGACGCUGCCCAGCGGCCCGAGGUGGGCCCCGCGCUGCGCAACAAGCUGUGCCGCCUGCUCACCACGCCCGCCACGCACGUGCGCGACCUGGCCGCCGACCUGCUCUUCGUGCUGUGCAAGGAGAGCGUGUGGCGCAUGGUGAAGUACACGGGCUACGGGAACGCGGCGGGCAUGUUCGCCAACCGCGGCCUGCUGAUGGGGGGCAGCUCGUCGCGCCAGGAGGAGGCCCGGGCCCGCUACUCCUCCGACAGCGAGGACAGCGACACGGAGGAGUACAAGAAGCUGCGCGACCAGAUCAACCCGGUGACGGGCUGCUUCGAGGCGCCCCGCCCCGACCCCACGGCGUCCAUGACGGAGGAGCAGAAGGAGUACGAGGCCAUGCAGCUCGUCACCAUGAUGGACAAGCUGUCCAGGGACGGCAUCGUGCAGCCGUGCCGGGUGGGCGAGGACGGCCGGCCGGAGCCCGUGGAGCACAUCCUGCAGCUCGUGGAGGACCUGCCCCGGCAGCAGGUGAAGCCCCGGCCCGACGACGAGUGAGCCUUUGCCCUCUCUCUCGUGUGGACGCCAGCACGUCUUCCCGACGUGCACAUUGGACGUAGGAACCAACCCACAAUUCUUUUUUUUUAUAUUUUAUUUGAAAAUAAACUAAAAUAGUAUACAAGGUUGA